UCUCUUCCUUCCUUCUUACAAAAGGAAGAGUUUGGUUCAAGUCCUAGAGUUGUUUCCUCAUUUUUCUUCUUCUGGGGGCCAUGAGUGAAACCAUGUCUGGCCCUGAAAACUGGCUCCAAUUCUAUCAACAACAAAACCUCUCUACUUCUCAGAUGUCUGAUUCCACAAUUGUAACCACCACUGUCACUUCCAAUAGUCCAAUUGGGUCCGGCAAUUCUAGCGCAAACACUGGUCACUUGAGCCCAGAAGGCCGUGUAUCCAAGCCAAUACGUAGGAGAUCCAGGGCUUCUAGACGAACCCCAACAACUUUACUCAACACAGACACUACAAAUUUCAGAGCCAUGGUGCAACAAUUCACUGGCGGCCCUAGUGCACCCUUUGCCUCAGGAGCUCACCAUGGUGCACCACCAAACUUUGGUUUUGCAUUAGGAACCAACCGUCAAGCUCAUCAUCAUCAUCCAGCAAUGAUGUUACCUCCUACAGGUCAUGGAUUUCAUUUACAGCCUCAACAACAGUUACUAUACCCUCAUCAUCAUCAUCAUCAGCAAGGCCAGCAGCAAUACAUGUUUUCUCUAGGAAACAAUAGUAGUCAUAGUACACAUCAUGGUCAAGAUCAUGCUCUUCUUCAAAGACUCGGAAGCUCAAGACCCAGUAGUAACAUGGGAUCAGUAGUCUCUGAUGGGUUUGUGAUUGAAGGUGUUGGUGUUCCAUCUUCCUCACAAGUACCUCCUGCUUCAACUGUUAGGCCCUCCAAUGAGAAUAGGAGUAACAGUUUCUUGUUUUGAGAAAAAGACAUAAAGAAGAAAGUUAGGUACUGACUUGUCUUAGGGAGAAAUUGUUGACCAAUGUAAAUACAUUUCCUUUUCUUUUCACUUUGAUAGAAAUUGUCGGCUACACUUUAAUGUGGCUUGGAAUUUGGAUAGGGGGAAUUUUUUUUUUCUUUCUUUUUUUUUUUUUUUUUUCAUUUCCUCUGGGUAGCUAUUCCUGACUUCAUAUUCUGUUGUUUCUGGAUUGCUGGGAAUUUGGCAAAUGAUCCUUUGGCUACCAAAUUUUUAGGGAAAUCAAUGUUUUUUGUUGUUGUUGUUGUUUUUUUUUUGGUGCGGUUGCAAUGAAUAUAUUCAAUAACGUUGGAGUGCAAA